AUGGCUCCUCCAACCCCUCUUACAGCUACCCCACAUCUCCUCGCCUUCCUAAAGGACCUCCACUCUCAAUCCCUGAACCAGGAAGCCAAAAUAGAAUGGUCCUCCCUUCCAGGCCAAACAACCAAUGAAUACGACAAUAUCAUGCGUGACAAGUUCAUUGCCUUGGACCAGGAUAAAUGUGAAUUGAUCUACCACAUCCUGCGCAGCAUUAACGCAACGACAAUCGUCGAAGCAGGAACCAGUUUCGGCGUUAGCACCAUAUACCUCGCGCUUGCUGCAGCUCAGAAUUCUGCACGUGGAGCUGGAGCCAGUGCUGCGGGAAGGGUUAUCGCUACCGAGAAGGAGCCUUCAAAGGCCGCUGUAGCGCAAAGGAACUGGCAGCAGGCUGGAGAGGAGAUUCAAGGUGUGAUUGAUCUUCGCAUUGGUGAUCUGCGGGAGACCCUCGGCAAGGAUCUGGGCACUGUGGACUUUUUGCUUCUGGAUAUUUGGACACCCCUAGCUCUUCCUGCUUUGAAGCUGGUUGAGUCGCAUUUCAGGCCUGGUGCUAUGAUUAUCGCGGACAAUACUGUGAAGGCUGCUGCGGGUUAUGCGGAGUUGUUUGCUUAUGUGGAUGCGCCUGGUAGUCGGUUCCGCAGGGUUACAAUGCCUUAUGCUGGUGGCUUAGAUAUGAUUGUGUAUCAGUGA